AUGCUUCAUCUUGCUCUGCCUUCGGAUGGCCAGACUCGAGCAGUGGAUUUUGAUAGUGGCAAGGAUCCCUCUGGCAUCCCUUCAACAUACGUCUCUCCGACCUUUCACAUCUUGGACCCUUAUAGUUACAGGUUGCCCUCUAUAGCCGAUUCCCGUGAAGCACCAACACCAAACAGCCAAGCAUUUGCUCAAUGCAAAUACCCAGUCCUGCAGUACUUGUCGCCAUUUCUGGAUCGGGAUUUUGGAUCUGGUCUUGCCUGCGACCUGUUGGACACUUAUUUUUCCAGUGCAUUCCUCAGUCGUAUGCAUCCUACGUGCCACCACAUCCACAAUUUCAUUUUACGCAGAAUUGACGUCCUCCACCCUUCUCAACCUCGUCAAACUCAUCCUGCGCUUCUGGGUAGCAUGCUGUUUGUAGCUGCCUUCAGCGACAAAGCGCUGGGUCUGUUUAGUGGACCCGAAGAGAAAGAUCGAGUCUGCAAGUACUUGAGCCUGCUUACAUAUCGCCUUUUGAAUCCUGCCAGGUAUGAGCCGUUGUUGAGACAGGAAGACUUAGGACUACCGCCCGCCUUCGGUUCGGACUCGGGAUGGAGAAAUGAUGACCUACUCCGAGCCUUGGACCUCCCGAAUGAUACUCUCCCAGAGUCCUGGGGUAUGGACUAUAUUAUUGCUUUUAUUCAUGUUUCCUCGGUGAUCUCAGGCAGUGAAAAGAAGGCCGCAAGCAUCAGGUGGUGGAGUGUUGCUUUCAACCUCGCGCGGGACUUGAAAUUGAAUGAGGAGGUACAGUCUGCGAUAUUGCCAAAUGAUGCAGAGAAUGGAUUAACCAGCUUGAAUUGCAAAUGUUCCCUGAGUCAACACGCUGAAGGAGACUUAAUCAAUGAAGUCCAGCGCGAGGAACGUCGCCGGACGUGGUGGCUCCUCUUUCUGAUGGACCGACAUUUAGCAUUGUGUUACAACAGACCUCUUGCCCUGUUGGAGGCCGAGUGCAGAGAUUUACUCCUCCCACUCGACGAUGUUACCUGGCAAUCCGGUGCCCAGCCGCACAGCCACGGUACUCGUGCCGAAGGGCCUCGAUGCAUGUUGUUACCUUCUGGAACUGGACGCUCACACGGGCCUCCAAAGACUUGUUUAGGGGUGGGCCUCUUCGAAUUCUUCUUGCCACUGAUGGUCCACUGUGGCACGCUUCUGGACUGGAACCGAUCACGCCUCCAUCCAGUUCUUUCCGGCGCCUCGAUAUGGAGUUCACAAGAGCGUCAAAUCUUGCGUGAGCUUGAUCAUUACCAAGCGACAUUGGAUCGUGUUACAACGAAGAUAUACGCUGAGAACGAGGCCGAGAAUGAAUCCCGAUGGAAGCCAUCUUCACCCGUGGGAGCAGAAGAACCUGAGGCGACGCACAUUGCCAAAACUGUGGCUGGAUACGCGAGCCAUAUUGUCAGUGUCUUAAAGAUCCUGGUGGGUUCGAAAUGGGAUCCGGUAUGUCUCUUUGAGGAUGCAGAUUUUUGGACAUCUUCGUUAGGGUUCAAAGACUCCAUGUCCCACACAAUGGCCGCCUCUGAAUGCGUUACCCAGAUACUGGAAUGUGACCCGGACAUCAGUUUCAUGCCGUACUUCUUUGGAAUCCAACUUCUCCACGGCAGCCUUCUUCUCCUGCUAGUAGCAUAUCGCUUACAGGCCGAUUCCGGGAAUGCGAUACUGGCCGCCUGCGAGGCUGUCAUCAGGGCAACAGAGGCAUGUUUUGUCACCCUUCCGACAGAUUAUCAGCGACAAUUCAGAAAGUAA